CUGUCCACUGCGCAUGCUCGAAGCGCAGUGGAAGCCAUGUUGGAGCUCCAUUGGAUUCGGGCUGGGAUUUUUUGACGCCGUAUGUUUUUCUUAAAAGAACCCCAGUUUUCGUCCUUUUGUCGGGGCUCUUCGGCCGCGCUUGAUUGUAAACGAUGAAUUCCAGCGUCGACCUGUCCCGGCGGAAUCCGCAGGAGGAUUUCGAGCUGAUCCAGCGGAUAGGAAGCGGCACAUACGGAGAUGUAUACAAGGCUCGCAAUGUAAACACAGGGGAGCUGGCCGCUAUCAAAGUCAUCAAACUGGAACCGGGUGAGGACUUUGCUGUCGUCCAGCAGGAGAUCUUAAUGAUGAAGGACUGUAAACACUCUAACAUUGUUGCCUAUUUUGGGAGCUAUCUCCGGAGGGAUAAAUUAUGGAUCAGCAUGGAGUACUGUGGCGGCGGCUCUCUGCAGGACAUCUAUCACGUAACUGGGCCUCUGUCAGAGUCACAGAUAGCGUACAUGUCACGGGAGACCCUGCAGGGUUUAUACUACCUGCACAGUAAAGGCAAAAUGCACAGAGACAUUAAGGGAGCCAACAUCCUCCUGACAGACAACGGCUACAUUAAACUCGCUGACUUUGGCGUGUCGGCCCAGAUCACAGCGACACUUGCCAAGAGAAAGUCGUUCAUCGGAACGCCUUACUGGAUGGCUCCAGAGGUGGCAGCGGUGGAGAGGAAGGGGGGCUACAAUCAGCUGUGUGAUAUCUGGGCAGUGGGCAUCACUGCCAUAGAGCUGGCAGAGCUGCAGCCGCCCAUGUUUGACCUGCACCCCAUGAGGGCUCUCUUCUUGAUGACCAAGAGUAACUUCCAGCCUCCGAAGUUGAAAGAUAAACUGAAGUGGACAAACAACUUUCACCAUUUUGUGAAGCUAGCUCUUACCAAGAACCCAAAGAAGAGGCCAACGGCAGAGAAACUGCUGCAGCACCCGUUCGUCUCCCAGCCUCUCAGCAGGACGCUGGCGAUCGAGCUGCUGGACAAAGCCAGCAACCCCGACCACAGCACGUACAACGACUUCGACGACGACGAGCCCGAACCAGAGUUUAAAUACAGAGGUCAUUUCCUCCCCAUAAGCCCAGGGGCUCGACGCGCACCCCGCUUUGCGGCUCGUAGGAAGUCUCCAGUCUCUGUUCCUUAUCGAAUCCGCUCCACCAGCAGGAGCACCAGGGAAGGAAAGACCCUGUCUGAGAUCAACUUUGGACAAGUGAAGUUUGAUCCUCUUUUGAGAAAGGAGACAGAGCCUCAUCACGAGCCGUGUGAUUCUGAGCCCUAUCUGGACUGUGUUGAGGAGCUCUACUAUACCGCGAGAUCUAAUCUGGACUUGCAGUUGGAGUAUGGUCACGAUUCUCCGAGUCUGCUGGGAGGGAACAAGAGCCUUCUCAAAUCCGUCGAGGAAGAGCUUCAGCAGAGGGGCCAUGUUGCACACUUAGGGGAUGAUGAGGAUGAUGAUGAUGGUGCAGAUGAUGAUGAUGAAACUCACUCUCACAAAUCAAGUACCAUCAAGAGGCCGAAGGAGCCCCCUCCACUCCCUCCAAAGCCCAAGUCUCUCAGCUCCUCCCAGCAGCACCAGAAAAACGACGAUAGCCAGUCACACCAACACGACGACGACGCCGGAGGAGGAGGAACCAUCAAGCGCUGCCCGACCACGGAGGCGGCGAGCCCCGCCAAGCCGUCCUCCAGCGUCCCCCCUCGGCCUCCGCCCCCGAAGCUGCCGCCCCACCGCCGCAGCAGCUUAGGUAACGACAGCCCGAAGCGAAAAGAGGCGGGAAACUCUGCCCCAGAGGAUGAUGAUGAUGAUGGGAGCUUUAGGCAUUUCUGGGAAUGGCUCCACACGCCUCACACAGAGGAGGAGCUGGAGGAGGCUUGGGAGGUGCUGAAGGAGGUGAAAGAGGAGCAGGAAAAGGAAGAGAGCAACGGGCUGAACUCCCCCCACAACGGUGAGAGGGCAGUGGUAGACGAGAGGCAGUCCACCAUGCCCCCUAGUGUCCCCGUACGGAAAGACAAGAAGGACGUACCGAAGCCCAUCAGUAACGGUCUUCCUCCAACACCUAAAGUCCAUAUGGGCGCCUGUUUCUCCAAAGUGUUUAACGGCUGUCCGCUGAAGAUCCACUGUGCCACGUCAUGGAUCAACCCCGACACCAGAGAUCAGUAUUUGAUAUUCGGAGCUGAGGAGGGAAUCUACACGUUAAACCUUAACGAGCUUCAUGAGACGACGAUGGAGCAGCUGUUUCCUCGAAGGUGUACGUGGUUGUACGUCAUGAACAGCUGUCUUCUUUCCAUAUCUGGAAAAGCCUCCCAGCUGUACUCCCACAGUCUGUCCGGGCUCUUUGAACAGGCCAGACAGCUACAGAAGUUACCCGUGGCCAUUCCCACACACCGACUGCCCGAUAAGAUCAUCCCAAGGAAGUUUGCUGUUUCCAAUAAGAUUCCAGACACUAAAGGGUGCCAGAAGUGCUGCGUAGUGCGUAACCCGUACACGGGCCAUAAAUACCUGUGUGGGGCCUUCCAGUCCAGCGUCAUGCUGCUGGAGUGGGUGGAGUCCAUGCAGAAGUUCAUGCUCAUUAAGAACAUCGACUUCCCGUUGCCAUGUCCGUUGGAAGUCUUUGAGAUGUUGGUGGUCCCAGAGCACACCUACCCUCUAAUCUGCGUGGCGGUCAGCAAAGGAACCGAGCUCAACCAGGUGGUUCGAUUCGACACCGUCAACCCCAACGCUACCUCCUCCUGGUUCACAGAAGCAGACAUGCCGCAGACGUGCGUGAUCCACGUCACGCAGCUGGAGCGAGACACUAUUCUAGUCUGCCUAGACAGAUGUAUAAAGAUAGUGAACCUCCAGGGUCGGCUAAAAUCCAGCCGGAAGCUAUCGGCCGAACUCACCUUCAACUUCCAGAUCGAAGCUAUAGUUUGUCUUCAGGACAGCGUCCUGGCCUUCUGGAGACAUGGCAUGCAGGGUCGGAGCUUCAAGACCAGCGAGAUCACGCAAGAGAUCUGCGACAACACGCGCAUCUUCAGACUACUGGGAUCCGACAGACGCACUGAUUGUAGAGACCCAGACUCAGAGGACAGAGGCCGCUCUCUGCCCAGGGUGGUGGUGUUGGAAAGCCGGCCGACGGACAACCCCACGGCCCACAGCAACCUCUACAUCCUGGCGGGCCACGAGAACAGCUACUGAGUCCCACCCUCGCACCCCUGAGACCCCCGCCCCCCGCGUCGCCCACCAACGCAGACGAGGGAGCAACCAAACGAGCCGGUAGUCGCAUCCAUCCCAGCGCCGCAGCUUAACCCCCGAGAUUAGGAGCUUGUGAACGGAGGUCCGGCUUAUUUAAGCAGCGUCAGUGUGUUAUAUGUGAAAGGUGUCUGUUGGGGGGGGGAAGGGGGAUGUUGGACUAGUUUACGUGAAAACAAAGAGUCUAAACACUUGGCCUGAAGGCAGCGUGAGUCGUCCUCUCUGAGACACCGCGUCCCUCCUCAACCCUUUUCCCUGCAGACUGCACAUGGAGUAUAGAAACAUCCAGAAAAACACUUCAACGCUCUACUAGUCCUUCCUGUAAUACUACUGCUGUUUGUGCUGAAGCUUCGUAGAAGCCCCCAGAAGCCCGCCCUUCCUCUGUGCCCCUCUGAUCUCUUUUUCUUUCCUCCCACAUUUUGUUUUGAACUGUCCCUUUAUUUAUUGUGGCAUGACGUAACUCUAUUAACGAGGAUGGCUUUCUUAAUUUGUCGUAAAAUGUUCUUUUUGGAGACAAAAAAAGGAAACCAGACUAAAAAAAAAACAAACAAAAAAAAACAGACGAGAACAUUUGCCACUUUCGCUAACAUUAAAUCUCAGUACCCGUCACUACACCACACAAGUGCUUAUGAAACCUUUAUUUAAUGUUUGUAAAUACAAAUUUUGUUUUUGUUUUUUAUUAUUAUUGGCAAAGACGAACACUAAAAAUAACGAAAAGGUCUGGUUGUGUAUAUAGAUGUGUGAAUAGCUGCUCUGUCGAACUGCGGAGACGGCAGGAGGCGCGGAGGAUCCACGGAGGACCGCGUCUCUCGCUCCUGUAACGAGGCGCGGGGUUCGGUUCUCCUCAGGUGGACGGCUUUAGCGAUCAAACAUUUCCCUCGAAAGGUUCAAACUCUAAGAUGCCGACGUUUCUGCUCGUUUUCAUGCUAGCUGCACGCGUCGCAGUCCUCAUUUCGGAUGUUUCCGGCGUCGCCCCUUUCGCUUUAUUUUUUAACGCUCUUUUAAUCAGAAACAUUUGUCCCUUUUUAUGUUUGUUUUUUAUCGACCCACUGGUGUUUUAAAAAUUUGCACGAGGAAACAAAACAAAAACUUCACAAACAAGUGUGAUGUCAUAACAGUACGUUGACUGCGUGUUAGUGGGCAGGUGGAUGCAGAGUGCGCCCGUACACGUGCAUCUGCUGUCUUCCUUCACCUGGCUGAGCUAACGUUGGACGGGACGCAGGAAUACGCAGAAUCAAACCUUUAGCCGGGAUGCCAGACUCCUUCUCACACCGUCCAACACUCCAAGAGCUUUGUGUUCACUUACCUGGGCUUUCCCGCCGUGUUUUAAAGCCACCGAUUAAAAUGUGUAACUCGACCAGACGUACCGCGGCGCUACUGACCUGACGUCCCCUUUAGGCAGGGGCCAGUGACCCGUAUUGGCGUGUGCCAUGGCUUCAGAACCACAAAAAAAAUGUUUGUUUGACGUCCAUGUAACUUUUGUUUUUUCCCUCCCAGAAGCUUUCCUAGAAAUAGAUUGGUAACUGAACGUAUCACAAAUGUGGAAGUGUGUCUGCUCAAAGCAGCCGUAGUCAGUAAACAUCAGAGCUCUGCUGCCACCUGCUGGCGUGUUUCUGAGGCCCUCUGUUUAAAUCCCAGCGGCUCCUCCCUGCAGCAGCUCUUGGGUCGAGGAAUCCGGAGCAGACGCCGCGUCGUCUGGCGGUGCUACAGACGGUCCAGGCAGAAGACCCAGAAACACUAAAUACUGACGUGGGCACACAUGAGCAGUCCAGCCACAGAGGGACAGUUUGGGUAUCUUUACAGUGACUUCUAAAAUUAAAAUAGAAUCUGGCAGCACCUGCUAGAAAUUCAGCUGCUGCUGCCAUUUUUUGUUAUGCAGAUGAUAAAAGGAAUCCCUACUAGCACAACAGGAGCAGGAACAUUUAUUUUGAAGGUUCUUGGGCUUCGAGGUUAAUGCCCGUAGAUGAGUAUAAAAGCUCCUGGGUCCAAACAAGACAAACGAAUCUUCCCGUCCCGGCAUGGCUACACGCUGUCCGGGGCUGACGGGAACAACUCCGCUUCAUUUAAAACGUGUAUUUUUCUAAGGAUCUGUGUGUUGCUCAAAGGAACCCGCCAUCGGGUUCAGGUUGAACACGCUGGUUAGAAAGCUUCUUAUUUUUAUGGCUUGUAUUCAAAAUAAAUGUUUUUUUUUUUGUUUUGUUUUUUUACUGUCUUAAAAUCCACAAACUGGAGACUCUCGCUGAAAAGGGUAGAUGCCAAAUUUAUUGACCUUACGUUUGAUAUAAUUUUACACUUCAGUUUGAUUUUUACACUUUCUCUAAAUAAAGAACAAUAAAAGCAAUUAAAUAUAAUAAAAAUUAUCUAGGUCCUUAUUUUAUGUCGAACAAUAUAUGUAUAUAUAUAUUUUUUAAUACACUGCUUAAACAUAUUCUUAAACCUCGUGGCCAUAUUUAGAUAGUCUACCUCGUGAUUUAUCCUAGAUUUAAAAAAAAACAAAAUACAAAAAUCCGCUUCUCAAGACAGAUUUCUGCAGGUUUCUGGUUUCGUGUCUAAAACUCCUUUGAAUCUCUCCAUCUUACCAAGCUGUUGUGUUUUUGAACAGCGCUUUCUCGAAUAAUGCACCCGUAAAUACUUCUGAUGAUCUGAAGUUAUUAUCGCACAUCUGAUGGUUUUUUUUUUUUGUUGUUGUUUUUUUAUCUCUUUGUGGCCAAUGUGUUUCGGUUGCUUUAGCUUGUUCUCCCUUUCUGCUUUUCACGACUUCAAGCCUAAUAAUGGGGAGAAAACAUCUUUCAUGGGUUCAUGUUGGAUUCCAUCAUGCUGUCUGCGAACGCCCGCCCUCAUCCACACAACCCCAGGAAUGCUGAAAGCGGGGAAAGCCCCGUGUCUAAUGACGAGAAUCAUGUAGAAUUAGUCUCUUUAAGAUGUUUCUGGUACCAGACGUGUGAAUUUUCUGGACGAAAGAGGAGCAUAAAUAUCAUAGCCUUGGGAUUUCAUGUUUGGAAGCGUCACCUGUCUGCGGCUCAUCAGUGUUAAGUCAUUCAGAGUUAAGCCCCGCUCCCCCCCCACGCCCCACCUUCCCGACGUGGAGCCAAAACGCAGCAGGUGACCGCCGCCUCCUCUGUCGCAUCACUUUGGUUUUGUUUUCAUGAUGCAAUGCAAACGUUAUAAAGUGUAAAUAAUGUAAAAUAAAAAUGGGUUUGUUUUACAUACUGUAUAAUUGCCUAUAUUUUGGUUCAGAAGUGUAACAGAUUUAUGAGAUGACAGGUUAACACAUUAAAACGAAGGAACUGAA